UGCUGAGGCGCGAGGGGAGGAGCCGAGCUGCCGCCGUCGCCGCCGAGGGGAGAGGAGGAUGUCUGCAACUCGGGCCAAGAAAGUGAAGAUGGCCACCAAGUCAUGCCCCGAGUGCGACCAACAGGUUCCUGUUGCAUGUAAAUCAUGUCCCUGUGGUUACAUAUUUAUUAGCAGAAAACUUUUAAAUGCAAGACACUCAGAGAAAUCAUCACCUUCUACAGAAAACAAGCAUGAGGCCAAGAGGAGGCGAACAGAGAGAGUUAGGCGAGAGAAGAUAAAUUCUACAGUAAAUAAGGAUUUAGAAAACAGAAAGAGGUCACGAAGUCACAGCCAUUCAGAUCAUAUCAGACGAGGAAGAGGAAGACCUAAAAGUGCAUCUGCCAAAAAACAUGAGGAAGAAAGAGAAAAACAGGAAAAGGAAAUUGACAUCUAUGCUAACCUCUCUGAUGAAAAGGCUUUCGUGUUUUCAGUUGCCUUGGCAGAAAUAAAUAGAAAAAUUAUCAAUCAAAGACUUAUUCUCUGAUAAAGGUCUGCAAAAUCUGUUGAAACUUUCUUCAGGAUUACAUCACCAAAAUUUCAAACAGUUACGGACUCUCAGGAGCAUUCUGAAUGCAUCAAUAAGGGCCAUUGAUUGCUUUUUCCUCUAUUGAUCCCCUUGUGCCACAUAUUGGAAGCAAAUUCUAGACUUGGACUGUUCUGGAAUUUCCUUGUUUACUAAGGAGCAUUGUCAGUGUUUCGUGUUUGUAUUUACUUUUUCAAAAAGUGCUGGAUGGAUGUUAAGGGUAAGGGGCUCAGGGUGGGGUUGGAGGGAUGAAAAAUAAAGAAAUACUUGUAAUGUUCAGGUUUGCCACCAGAGAUGCAAUAUUUUAAAUACUUUCAAAAAGAGUGACUUUUAAAAACAUUUCAGCUUUUAAGCAUUAACAGAUCACAAUUCCUUUAAUAAAUUUGGCAAUUAAUACAUUAUUGGAUGGAAAAAACUAA